UCUUAAAUAAUAUUCGCAUUUAGGGAUAUUGAUUUUUAAAAAUUACCAAUGGUCGAACAAUGUUUUCGCAAGUUUGGACUGAUUGUUAUACUAUCGGCUCUGGUUUUUUAUCUCUAUAUCUAUGGAGCUAACGAAACUGGAACCGAAAUACCCAAAAUACUCGAACCAUUUUUUGUAAACACCGAAGGAUGUCGCAUUAUUGCCAUGGAUGUGAUGAACCAUCAAAUUGAAAAGUUUACCAACUGGGAGUGGAAACACCCAAGGUUUUAUUUAAAAUGCCCGAAAACCACCUGGUUUCGCACUGAAAUGGCAAAUGGAGACUGGUAUUUAAAAUUAAGUCGUGAUAUCGGGGAGAUCCUGAAGGAAAAUAAACUCACCAACGAUUGGCAAAUAACAUGCUAUUGGCUUAAUUUCAAAAUCCGCUGGCGCUGGCAUUCCAAGUUGACCCACCGAACCCGUUUCUAUCUAGAGUUUCCCUACGUCCUGAAGGUUCCCAAGGGUGUCAAGCAGUUGCGGCUGCAGUGCGUGGAAACUGAAACGAACAAGACUCUCUACAAUGACGCCCAUUUCUUCAUCCAACCACCGCCCGAAAAGCUAUUGAGAAAAGCUCCCCCAAGGCUACAGUUUUGGGAUAAAAUAGAUGAGAGAAAAACUAAUAUGCCUCCCAUUUCAGUAAUGAUUUUGGGUAUGGAUUCUGUAUCCCAUUUGAACUUUCUCCGACAAAUGCCGAAAACUGCCGCUUACAUGAGAACGAAUAUGUCGCACGUGGAGUUCUGGGGCAUGAAUAAGAUCGGUGUGAAUACCUAUCCGAACCUUAUUUCCCUUUUAACAGGACUGAGUACCCAAGAAGCCUAUAAACUCAUAUUAAAGGACAAAUAUAUGGAUCGCUUACCGCUGAUUUGGAAGGAUUUCAAGAAAGCCGGCUACAACACUAGCUUUGGCGAGGAUCACGCUAGACUCUCAGUCUUCUAUUUCGAUCAAAAGGGUUUCGAAAAUGAAACCACCGAUCAUAAUCUCCACGAUUUUAUGGCCGAAUUGUUUCUUAUAAGGGAAAACAGUUCACUUCCUUUAGCAUAUUGCGUCGGAGAGCGCACUUUCCUUGAUGUACUGAUGGAGAUGACUGAUCGCUUACUGCCCCACUACCAGAGAUAUCCUUUUUUUUCCUUUUAUUGGUGGUCCAAUGGGUUGCACGAAUUUUUUAACGCUCCCCGCCUCAUGGACGACAGAUUCCAGCGGUUGCUUAGAAGUCUCGACGACAGUGGCGUCACCAACAAUACCAUUAUAUUCUUCAUGUCAGACCAUGGAUUGCGAUGGGGGAAAUUUCGGUACACAUUCCAGGGCAUGAUCGAGGACAGUCAGCCUCUUCUAUCGGUUCUAUAUCCGAAGUGGAUGCAGAAUACCUUUCCUCAGGCCAUCCAGAACCUACACGCCAAUGCCCAUAGCCUGGUGACCACCUACGACCUGCACGCUACUCUGAAGCAUAUUCUAGACAUCGAUUCCCUGCAGGACAAGUCCAUUCGAAAAAUGUCCGAGGACUUGUGGGAAUUAAAGGGCAAAAAAACCCCCCGGGCAGUCAGCUUAUUUCUGCCCGUACCGCCGUGGAGAAGUUGUAAUUCUUCCCACAUUAAAAGAAGGUUCUGCCUCUGCCAUCGACAGGUGUCCAUUCCAUCGACUCAUCGAAUAGCCGAGCAAUCGGCCCAAUUUAUAGUAGAUUCCAUCAAUAAGAUGUUGGAGGAAUAUGCAAUGUGUAUACCCUUGCAGGUGGACUCUAUUCUCAGUGCCCAUGUUGAAGUUCCCGAAAGGGACUUCAAGAAGAACUACCGGAUAGCAGGCAGACACCUUAAUGGAAGGUACAGGGAUCGGGGACCCUCAGUUAGAACAAGGGAAUAUAGUGAUCGGGAUGUCAUCGUGCGCCUGAAAGCCAAGCCCAUGGAGGCUUUCUUCGAGGGUAUGACCCGGAAACAUGGAAGUGCAAUAUCCCUGAUUGGGGAGAUCAUUCGAGUUGGGGGCGGUGAGAAUAAUACCAAUGGCUGCAUUGCGAAUUCCAAACUGGAACCUUUUUGUCAUUGUGGCGUGUAAAAAGAUCAUAUUUUGGAGAAAUAUUUAUUAAAGUAAUUUUAAUAUAUUUUUAAAAAAAUAUCUUUAUAUGAGAGGCUAUUAAGCGCUUUGAAAAUAAAGUUACAAUCUAAACUCAA